UAAAAUUGAAGCAUGCAAAGGCUGUACCUUGUGAUACAGCGCAGUUUGGUUCAGGCAAAACCUCGAACACUUGGUCUACUCUACUUUUCUCCCACCAAGGUGACCAAACUCUCCACUUUCAACUAUUUCCUAUGCACCCAAACACCCAAUGACGUUUCAGAUGAAGCCUCAGACCCAAAACAAGAGGAACCCAGAAGCUGCUUAUCUUACAGAAUCGAGAAGCUGCCGAGAGGCGAGCCAGUUGGGUCUGCAUUUCAGAGCUGGAUGGGCGAUGGUUUCCCCAUUCACAGAGGUGACAUCUUCCACGCCAUUAAUCGCCUCAGAAAGCUCAAGUCUAAUCAACGCGCUCUUGAGGUGAUGGAAUGGGUGAUCAGAGAGAGGCCCUACAGGCCGAAGGAGCUAGACUACUCUUAUCUGUUGGAAUUUACAACCAAGUUUCAUGGGAUAUCCCAAGGUAAAGAGUUCUUUACGCGUGUUCCUCAGGAGUUUCAGAAUGAGCUCCUCUACAACAAUCUUGUGAUCGCUUGCUUGGACAAAGGAGCAAUAAGGCUGCCGCUUGAGUGCAUGAAGAAAAUGAGGGAAUUGGGGCAUCCUAUCUCACACUUGGUGUUUAAUCGGCUCAUUAUUCUGCAUUCAUCAUCAAAGCGUAAGAAAAUGGUACCGAAAAUUCUUGCUCAAAUGAAGGCUGAUAAAGUGGCUAGACAUGCUUCGACAUUUAACAUUCUGAUGAAAAUGGAAGCCAGCGAACACAAUGUUGAUGGUUUGAUGAAGGUAUACUCGGAUAUGAAGCGAGCGAAUGUUGAGCCGAAUGAAAUUUCUUACUGCAUCAUAGCUACUGCUUAUGCAGUGGCGAGGCUACAUACGGCUGCUGAAGCUUAUGUUGAAGCCUUGGAGAAGUCAGCUACAGGUACAAACUGGUCAACACUAGAUGUUCUAAUAAUGUUAUAUGGGUAUUUGGGGAAGGAGAAGCAGCUAGAGAAAACUUGGGGCUUAGUGAAGCAGCUACCCCGUGUGAGGUCUAAGAGUUAUGUGAUGGCAAUUGAAGCAUUUGGUAGGAUUGGCCAACUCACCCGAGCUGAAGAACUCUGGUUAGAGAUGAAAACAGUAAAAGGGUUGAGAUCCACCGAGCAAUUUAACUCUAUUAUAUCUGUAUAUUGCAAGCAUGGGCUGAUCGAUAAAGCAUCUAAAGUUUUCAGAAAAAUAAUUACAGAUGGAUGCAAACCAAAUGCCAUUACUUUUAGGCAUCUUGCUUUGGGUUGCUUAAAAGCAGGAUUACUAGAGGAAUCCAUUAAGACUCUGGACUUAGGGAUGGACUUGACGAUGUCCAAUGUGGUCAGGAAUUCAACCCCAUGGUUGGAGACCACUCUUUUGAUAAUUGAGGCUUUUGCAGACAAGGGUGAUAUAAAGAACGUUGAGAAAUUGUUUGAGGAAUUAGCUAAAGCCAAGUAUAUAAGAUACACUUUUGUAUACAACACUUUGAUUAAGGCUUAUGUGAAGGCCAAAAUUUAUGAUCCAAAUCUUUUGAAGAGGAUGAUUCUAGGAGGCGCACGGCCAGAUGCUGAAACCUAUAGUCUGAUGAAACUUGCUGAGCAGUUUCGGACUUGAUAUUGGUUUGUAAUAUAGUUGUAACUGUAUCGUGUUGUUAUUCAUCAUACUUGUUCUUCUUCUACAAUGUUUAUCAAUGUUGAAAA